CACUCACUCACCAGCGUCAUGCGGAUACCGCAGAGUCUAGCGGUGCUAACGCUGCUCACGCUCACGAGCGGCGCGUGCCUCCCAAACAGCACGAGCAGCACCGCGCUCCAGGCAGCCCUCACCCAAGGCGGCGCAGGCUACGUCCUCUCCCUCUGCCCGAACGAGGUAUACGACCUGUCCCAGCCGCUCGCGUUCGCGUCGCCAGACCAGGAGAUCUCGACAGAGGGAUACCCCGCAGGCAGCGCGCGUGCCGUGCUCCGCGUCGUGGGGGGCACGUCAGCCGUGAGCGGUACGCGGGCGGGGCUCGACGGCGCGCGGCUGCGGUACGUCCAGGUCGACGGGAACCGCGGCGCGCUGCCCCCCGCCACGGGCGCCGCAGCCAUCGAGAUGGGCGGCAACAAUGCCAACCAGCUGAUCGAGCACGUGCGGAGCUACGACGCGCGCGCGUGGUCGUGCCUCCACGUCGCGGAGGGCGAUCUGCGCUGCACCAACACGACAGUGCAGUACUGCGACGUCGGGCCGUGCGGCCAGGCGGACUUUGGCGCGUGGGCAGAUGGCAUCAGCCUCAGCUGUCGGGACAGCGCGGUGCAGUUCAACACGGUCACGGACGCGACCGACGGCGGGGUCGUCGUGUUUGGCGCGCCGGGGUCCGUCGUGCGGAAUAACACCAUCCAGGCGGUGACGCGCCCAAUGCUAGGCGGCAUCAACCUCGUCGACGUCGUGCCCUGGGUGCCGGGGAACUACACCCACACGCAAGUCCUCGACAACGCCAUCUCGGGCGGGUUUGGCGACGCAGCAAGCGCGGCCGGCGCGCUGGUCAAGGUCGGGAUCGCUAUCGGCCCGCGCGUGUGGUUCGGGGACAAGUACGGCGCCAACGUUAGCACUGGCGGCGUCGUGCGCGGGAACGUGUUGCGCGGGGCGUUCAGCUUUGGGAUUGCAGUCGCGAGCGCCGACUCGUUCGUGGUCGCGGACAACUCGUUUGCUGGGGAGGUCGCUUUCAUUGGCGACAUCGGUCCAAACUGCACCCAGGGCGCCCUCGCGCCACACCCUCCCACAGCGCUCCUCGCCGACCUGGCGACGCUCACAAACGUCACUCUCACGCCUGGCAUCUCGCCCACACCAGCCGACGACUUUGCCUUUGUCAACGGCACAGCGUCGGCGCUGACGUGCUUUAUCCCGCCCAAAGCCGCUGCUUGGCCUGCUGGGCAGGGUGUGCCCGCUGUCAGUCCUGUGGACACCGGCGCGUCUCAAACGCCAACAUCUGCACCGCGGACGACGCCGUCGAAUUCCACGGCCACAGCCUCCGCACACUCGACGGCCACGGUCAACUCUGCCGCCCGCGCAAUAGCCCACAGCAACUGCCUCACCAUCGCCCAUCUCCUCCUCAUAACAGCAACCCUCUUUAUAAAUUGACAUACAUAUACAGUCUCACCUCAACCCCAUGUCAUACAUACUGGC